GGAUCCUUUGAUUGGAGGAUCGUGAUUAGCUAAUGUGGGCCAGCUGGGUCAAUCAUGAAAUUAGUUUAAUAUUAAACUUCACUUUGUUAAAAUGUAACCUGAACUGCUGAUGUUGUUUGCCCUGUUUUAUCACACACCUAAAGAAGAUCAGAAGCUCCGCCCUCUUACAGCCCUGAUCAGGGAAAGACUGACUUAUUAUUCCUGCUUUCUGUCACACUGACUCUCUUCAUUUCUGUACUGGGUUAAAACAGAAUCAGAAAUCAGUGGAGAAUGAAGACAAACCCAUUCAAGACGAAUUUCUGAGAUAUUUCUGAAAAGGCAACAGAUCUUUGUUAUUAAUUUUUGAAGCAGAAAGUAAAGCUGAGAUCAAACAUGGAAAUGGCUUCAGUAAAUGUAUCUAAUGAACUUUCUUGUCCCGUGUGCUGUGAAAUCUUCAAAAAUCCUGUUAUUUUAUCAUGCAGUCACAGUGUGUGUAGAGAGUGUCUUCAACAGUUCUGGAGAACCAAGAAAACUCAGGAGUGUCCUGUUUGCAGGAGAAGAUCAUCAAAAGAAGAACCUCUGGUUAAUCUUUCAUUAAAAAACCUGUGUGAGUUGUUCCUGAAGGAGAGAAAUGAGAGAUGUUCAUCAGGAUCAGAGGAGAUCUGCAGUUUACACAGUGAGAAACUCAAACUCUUCUGUCUGGAGGACAAACAACCUGUGUGUGUGAUGUGUGUUACUUUACAACAACACGAGAAUCACAAAUUCAGACCCAUCAGUGAAGCGGUUUCUUCAUACAAGGAGGAGCUCAAUACAGCACUGAAGUCUUUACAAGAGAAACUGAAACAUAAGGAAAAAAUUAAAGCAGAGUUUGAGAAAACAGUUCAACACAUCAAGUUUCAAGCUGAUCACACAGAGCGUCAGAUUAAACAUGAGUUUGAGAAGCUUCAUCAGUUUCUCCGAGAUGAAGAAGAAGCUGCAAUCACUGCACUGAGGGAGGAAGAGGAGCAGAAGAAGCAGAUGAUGAAGGAGAAGCUGGAGGAGAUGAACACACACAUCUCAGCUCUUUCACACACGAUCAAAGACACGGAGGAGAUGCUGAAAGCCAAUGGCGUCAGCUUUCUAAAGGAGUUUCCAGUCUCAAUGGAAAGAGUCCAGAUCUCACAGCCGGAUCCACAGACGCCUUCUGGAGCUUUGAUUCAGGUGUCUCGCUACUUGGGGAACCUGUCGUUCAGAGUCUGGAAGAAGAUGCAGGACAUCGUCCACUUCACUCCUGUCAUUCUGGACCCAAACACUGCUCAUCCACGUCUGGAACUGUCUGAUGAUCUGACCAGUGUGAGGUUCAACAGCAAAAAUCCACCUAUUCUUGAUAAUCCAGAGAGAUUUAACAGGGAUCGGUGUGUUCUGGGUUCAGAGGGUUUUACCUCAGGAAAACACUGCUGGGAUGUGGAGGUCAAAAAGGAAUGUUACUGGUGGAUUCUUGGAGUAACUACAGCAUCAAAGGACAGGAAAAGAAUUAAUUUCUUUAACACUGGUGUCUGGUGUGUGCAGUGUGGUACUACUGUAGGCUCUGGCUUUACUGUUAAACAGAAGCUUGAGCGUGUGAGAGUUGAUCUGGACUGUGACAGAGGAACAGUGUGUUUCUCUGAUCCUGUAACGAACACACAUCUACACACAUUCACAACCACCUUCACUGAGUCUGUCUUUCCUUUCUUUUAUAGUCUUGGCUCUCUGAGGAUCUUACCAUUCAGUAGUCAGUGAAAGUUACUCCUGUAAGUCUGGAUCUUCUUUCUUCAUGUUUUCAAUAUUUAAUCCACAUUUAGCCCUAAUUACACUUUUGUAAUUAAGUAAAAGUAAAGAAGUACGGCCUCAAAAAUGUACAAAAGUAAAAAGUACCCGUUUCAACCACAGUCCAAAGACAUGUGGUAUAGAUGAAUAAUAGGUAACUAAAUUGGCAGUAGUGUGUGUGUGUGUGUGUGUGUGUGUGUGUGUGUGUGUGUGUGUGUGUGUGUGCGUGUGUGUGUGUGUGUGCGUGCGUGCGUGCGUGCGUGCGUGUGUGAAUGGUCUGAGCUGGAAGGGUAUCCACUGUGUAAAACGUGCUGGAAUUAUUGGUGGUUCAUUCUGCUGUGGCGACCCUGUAUAAAUCAGGAAGUAAGUGUAAGGAUAGUGAGUGAGAUAGGUAGGUAACUAGACCUCACAUCCUAUUGAUACAUUAAUAUAAACUAACAUUUCCAAUUUUUAUGCAAAAUAUAGUCAUAUUUGGUUUUGAAAUUCUCAAAACUUCCUGUUCAAUCUUCGAUCAUCAUUCUUCAAUCAGCAAUUUCUCAUUGUGAACAAGUUGCAAAUGCUUUUGUAGAAUCAUGCAAAUGAUUAUGUGCAAUUCUCUGAUGUUUCCUACAUUAUAAAUUGCUUAUGUCAUUGUUGAUUAGAAUGUAUUAUUUUGGUCUCUCAAUAGUCUCACUCCCCACAACAUUCAAUCAUUUGUUCAUAGAUUAAGUCUUUACAUGAGAAAUGGCUGAACAAGCUUUCAUAAUAUUUUGUCAUUAUUACUUUUUUUUUUUAUACAUUUCCAUUCAACUUUUUUCUAAAUCUGUCUGCAACUUUUUCUAAUGAAGGUCUAAAAGGAGGUUGUCCUGUGUUCACAUAGUUUGUUCUUUGUGCUGUGCAGUGCUGUUUUUUUUCCCCUUUCUGUAUCACAAUAGCCGCGUUUCCACUAUCGCGCCUAAAGCGAGCGAGCCAGGGCGAGCCAAGGCCAGUCGCGUUUCCACUAUCACUUCCGGGUCGUAAUCGGGCCAAAGCGGGGCUUCCUUGGGGCCAGCGUCCGGCCUUUUUCGGCCCGUCGAAUACCUUGGGCCAAGGAGGGCCAACUGGGGCUUCGGGGCGGGGUUACGUACAAAGGCGGAGUUUUCCUGUCAGGUAAAGAGGAGACAAGAUGCUUUCUUCCCUUACAUUUGUUUUGCUAUCGUCGUUCUCGUCGCUCGGCUGCUCUUUUGUGCCUUGCAGCCAACAUCUGUGUUCGAAGUAAAUACCGCCGAACUCGAAUGUCCUUAUCCAGGGAUCGCUGUCUGGCCUUACACCAACAGACCACAAACAGUAAAAA